AUGAAAGGAUCCUAUUAGUUUGCCGGACUGAUUUUCCGUGUGUUUCUGGAGUAUUAACCAUUAGCCUCUAGUGAAAUACAGCACGGCUAUUACGUUUCCAUUUGGCCGGAGACAGAUGAAACCAGACAGGAACAAUAUUGAGAGGAGUGAUCGUUGAAGGAACAGAGAGAGAGAGAGAAGUAGUGGCUUGAACACAUCUCAAGAUGGCAGAGGGAGUGGAUAUGAAUUUUUCGUUAAGCGUGUCUUUGUACUGGACUGAUGAGAACAUGACGAGUACAAACGACAACGUGACAGUCGGGGAGGGAGUUCGGGAAUAUCUAGGCGUUGGUACUCUGGUUUUAUCCGCUUUCUACAUGAUGCUGCUUGUCAUGGGAAUGGUAGGAAACGUGGUUGUCAUCUUCGUUAUACUAAAAGUGAGCGGGAAGAAGAAAGAGGCGAAGAUGGCGGAUGUUCUGGUCAUGAAUCUGGCCGUAUCGGACAUUCUUCUUCUCAGCAUUCUGCCGUUUAUGAUCAUAGAUCUCAUCGUUGGGGAGUGGACAUUUUCGCAAGAGCUGUGCAAGUUCGUCGUGGGUGCCGUCAACGCAGGAGCCUUUGCUGGUUUUCUCUCGCUAGCCGCCUUGAGUGUCGACCGGUACCAUGCCAUGGCAUACCCGCUGAAGUCUCUCCGCCUUGAGGACCACAAGAAGACCGCCACUGUUCUCUUCUUGCUCUGGUCUCUGGCCAUCUGUACGUGUAUCCCGCACAUAUGGUAUGCCAGGGUACUGGUGUACAGCGGAGGGACAUCACACUGUGUUCUGGAGUUACCUGCCACGGCAGAGGACCCCAACUUGUGGCAUCGCGUCAGCGUGGCGUACUCUUUCAUUGUAGGUUUUGUCGUCCCCUUAAUCAUCAUUAUUACAUGCUACAGUCUGAUUAUCCACAGUAUCAGCAGCUCGGACGUCUUGUCUACUCCGGACCGUUCCGAUGGGCUCGUGCCGGCGGGGGGACGGCAACAGAACCCCGGUCACGCUGCUCGCGUCCACCGGCACAAGAAGCUGACCCGGUUGGUCCUGAUGUUGGUGGCGGCGUUCGUGUUGUGUUGGCUGCCGUACCAUGUGUUCCACAUCGUGCGGUUGAUCGUGUUGCCGAAGAUGUCCAAGACCUGGCUGCUGCUGGCCCUCACGUUCAACGCCUUGUCAUUCACCAAUAGCGUCAUCAACCCAAUUCUGUACAGCGUCAAACAGACGGCGAGAAAGGUGCACACUGUAACAGUACAUAUUAUUACCCUUUUCACCACCGCUAAGGUUAUUGCUUUUGUGGCCCCGGGUGUAUGCCGUAACCUGUCGCUGACGCAAGUGGAGACGUUGGCGUCUCAAUCGCAAGAAAAGGGUUCGGGGCUGACUGACCAAGACGUACAAAGGUCAUUAGUAACGGGACCUGGGGGUUGUAAGAAAACGUGA